AAUUCAGCACUAAAACCAGUGUGAGAAGCAGUGUGUAUGUGUGUGUGUGUGUGUGUCUGUGUGUGUGGUGUAAAAUGUGCUUUUCAAAGUGCAGAGAGGUUCAUGGGAAUGUUUGAUUAGCUCCUGCAAGAAGAAGAGAAAAGGUGCUUGGACCUCCUCUUGUUUCUUCUUUGGAAUAAUUUACAUGGAAUUUGUGAUGCAGAAAAGCUUAACGAAGAAAGGAUAUCCAUUCUGUGUGGUGGAAAUUUUUUGAAAAAAAAAAUUGCUUUCUCCAAACAAGGGUGCCAUUCGGAUAUUUAUGGGGAUUGUUGUUCUCACUAUGAAGGCAUCUGUUAUUGAAAUGUUCCUGAUUUUUCUGGUGACUGGAAUACAUUCAAAUAAAGAAAUUACAAAGAAGAUUAAAAGGCCCAAGAUCACUGUGCCUCAGAUCAAUUGUGAUGUCAAAGCUGGAAAGAUCAUCAAUCCUGAGUUCAUGGCAAAAUGUCCAGCAGGAUGCCAAGACCCCAAAUACCACGUGUACGGCACUGAUGUGUAUGCAUCCUACUCCAGCGUGUGUGGCGCUGCGGUCCACAGCGGCGUGCUUGAUAAUUCAGGAGGGAAAAUACUUGUUCGGAAAGUUGCUGGACAGCCUGGUUAUAAAGGGAGUUAUUCCAAUGGUGUCCAGUCGUUAUCUCUACCACGAUGGAGAGAGUCCUUCAUCGUCUCAGAAGGAAAACCCAAAAAGGGUGUAACCUACCCGUCGGCUCUUACAUAUUCAUCUUCCAAAAGCCCCGCUGCCAAAGCAGGUGAGACAACAAAAGCCUAUCAGAAGCCAUCAGUUCCAGGGACAGCCACAAGGCCAGUCACCCUGACGCAGACACCGAUGACCACUGCAGCCAAGGCCAGCCAUACCACCUUGCCAAAGGCAUCCCCGUCUGUAGCUUUUACCACCAGCAGCCCCAGACCACAGCCCACGGGCCAUGAGCCACGGGAGCUGGAUCUCUGGUCCGCAACUACCUACACAAGCAGCCAAAACAGCUCCAGUGCCAACCCAGGUAUCCAGAGGCAGGAUUCCUCAGGAGCUGCUUUCCAGAGACCUGCUGCAAUGGAUGUCAGCCUGGGAUUUGUUCCAAAAGAAGAAUUAAGCACACAGCCUUUGGAGCCAGUAUCCCAGGGAGAUCCAAGCUGCAGAGUUGACUUGUCAUUUGUCAUCGACGGGAGCUCAAGCAUUGGCAAACGUCGAUUCCGAAUCCAGAAGCAGUUCCUGGUUGAUAUUGCCCAAGCUCUUGACAUUGGCCCUGCUGGUCCACUGAUGGGUGUUGUUCAAUAUGGUGACAACCCUGCUACCCAGUUUAACCUCAAGACUCACAUGAAUUCCAGAGAUGUGAAAGCAGCCAUAGAGAAAAUGACCCCGAGAGGAGGGCUUUCUAAUGUAGGCCGGGCCCUCUCCUUUGUGACCAAGAACUUCUUUUCGAAGGCCAGUGGGAACCGAGGUGGUGCUCCCAAUGUGGCCGUGGUAAUGGUGGAUGGCUGGCCCACAGACAAGGUGGAAGAGGCUUCAAGACUUGCAAGAGAGUCAGGAAUCAACAUUUUCCUCAUCACUAUUGAAGGUGCCGUUGAAAAGGAGAAGCAGUAUGUGACAGAGCCCAACUUUGCCAGCAAGGCUGUAUGCAGAACAAGUGGCUUUUACUCCCUCAACGUGCAGAGCUGGUUCAGCCUACACAAGACCCUGCAGCCCCUGGUAAAGCGGGUCUGUGACUCCAACCGCCUGGCCUGCAGCAAGACCUGCUUCAACUCGGCGGACAUCGGCUUCGUCAUCGAUGGCUCCAGCAGUGUGGGCACCAGCAACUUUCGCACACUCCUCCAGUUCGUGGCCAACGUAAGCAAAGAGUUUGAGAUUUCUGACACGGACACGCGAAUCGGGGCUGUGCAGUACACCUACGAGCAGCGGCUGGAGUUUGGGUUUGACCAGUACAGCAGCAAGCCCGACAUCCUGAACGCCAUCAAAAGGGUGGGAUACUGGAGCGGAGGGACCAGCACAGGAGCAGCCAUCAACUAUGCCCUGGAGCAGCUCUUCAAGAAGUCCAAGCCCAACAAGAGGAAGCUAAUGGUCCUCAUUACAGAUGGGAGGUCUUACGAUGACGUCCGAAUACCAGCCAUGGCUGCCCAUCAGAAGGGAGUGAUCACCUAUGCGAUAGGCGUUGCAUGGGCCGCACAGGACGAGCUGGAAGUCAUCGCCACUCACCCUGCCAGGGACCACUCCUUCUUCGUGGACGAGUUCGAUAACCUCUACAAAUCUGUCCCCAGGAUCAUCCAGAACAUUUGUACAGAGUUCAACUCCCAGCCGCGAAACUGAGCCCAGAGCGGACAAAGCAGUAGCAAACACUGCUCUACCAACUGGUUCUUUGGACAACCCCAGCGCUUCACGGGGCAGAUGCAGGACAGCGAGGCAUGGAGGGCUUGGCACACAGACGUGUUCUCGUUCUUCUUUGCCAUCGUUUUUCGUACUUCAAAACUUGGAGUUAGAAAGACGAUCAUAAGUUGGUAGAACGAGCUGAAGUGAUAUAUCAUUUUGAGGGUGUUGGGGAUUUUUUACAUUUUGACAGUUGCUUUAAAAAUAAAUGUUCAGAAUAGAGUGCAGCACUUGUGGCAGGUUUAAGUGGAGCUUUUGUGAGAUUUUUUUCCUUUAUUCUCACUAGAACUCUGUAACCCUCAACAAGUUUCAUUUUGUCAUGGUAUUGUAGGAGUUGCUUAAUUAAAUGUUUACCAGGAUCACGUGCAA